CACACAUAUACCGGCACCAUGGCGGAGCAGGAGAGCCUGGAGUUCGGGAAGGCCGACUUCGUGCUGCUGGACUCCGUCACCAUGUCCGAGUUCAUGGGGAACCUCCGGCUGCGGUCUGCUUGUGCCUUCUGCUCUGCUUCUAGCUGUAAGAGGAGAGAGCAGCGCUUCCCUGCUGCCGGAGGGACAGCUCAUCCCACCCGCUGACGCACGCAGCAGCGAGGGCUCAGUGACUCCUGUGUUUAGUGGUUUGGCAGUUUCUCAGUGCAAGGUUUGAAAAAGGACGGAUCUACACCUUCAUUGGAGAAGUGGUGGUUUCCAUGAACCCUUACAAGAACCUGAACAUCUACGGGCGGGACAUGAUCGAGCAGUACAAGGGCCGGGAGCUCUAUGAGAGGCCGCCCCACCUCUUUGCCAUCGCUGAUGCUGCGUACAAAGCAAUGAAGAGGAGGUCGAAGGACACCUGCAUUGUGAUAUCGGGUGAAAGUGGGGCUGGGAAAACAGAGGCCAGCAAGUACAUCAUGCAGUACAUUGCAGCCAUCACCAACCCGGGGCAGAGGGCGGAGGUGGAAAGAGUGAAGAACAUCCUGCUGAAAUCCAACUGUGUGUUGGAGGCCUUUGGCAAUGCCAAAACCAACCGUAACGACAAUUCCAGCCGCUUUGGGAAGUACAUGGACAUCAACUUCGACUUCAAAGGAGACCCCAUCGGUGGCCACAUCAACAAUUACUUACUAGAAAAGUCUCGUGUGAUCGUGCAGCAGCCAGGAGAGCGGAGCUUUCACUCUUUUUACCAGCUCCUGCAGGGGGGGUCUGACCAGAUGCUGCGCUCUCUACAUCUGCAGAAGGAUGCGUCUGCAUACAGCUACAUCUCUCCUGGAGCGCAGCUCAAGUGUUCCAUCAACGAUGGUGCUGAGUUCAAGGCUGUCGCUGAUGCCAUGAAGGUGAUAGGAUUCAAGCAGGAGGAGAUUCAGACUGUCUACAAAAUCGUGGCAGCCAUUCUUCACUUGGGGAACUUGAAGUUUUCCGUGGAUGGCGAUACUCCUCUGAUAGAGAACAGCAAGGUUGUGUCCAUCAUUGCAGACCUCCUGUCAACAAAAUCUGAGAUGGUGGAGAAGGCUCUUUUGUUCCGGACUGUUGCUACGGGCCGGGACGUCAUUGACAAGCAGCACACCGAGCAAGAAGCCACCUAUGGCAGGGAUGCCUUUGCAAAAGCCAUUUAUGAGCGCCUCUUCUGUUGGAUUGUGACACACAUCAAUGAUGUGAUUGAGGUGAAGAACUACGACACGACAGUGCAUGGGAAGAACACGGUCAUUGGCGUCCUGGAUAUCUAUGGCUUUGAGAUAUUCGACAACAACAGUUUUGAACAAUUCUGCAUUAAUUACUGCAACGAGAAGCUGCAGCAGCUCUUCAUUCAGCUGGUUCUGAAGCAGGAGCAGGAGGAGUACCAGCGGGAGGGCAUCCCCUGGAAGCACAUCGAUUACUUUAACAACCAGGUGAUUGUGGACCUGGUGGAGCAGCAGCACAAGGGGAUCAUCGCCAUCCUGGACGACGCCUGCAUGAACGUUGGGAAGGUGACGGAUGAGAUGUUCCUGGAGGCUCUGAACAGCAAGCUGGGGAAGCACGCUCAUUUCUCCAGCAGGAAGCUCUGUGCGACUGACAAAACCUUGGAGUUCGACAGAGAUUUCCGAAUCAAGCACUACGCUGGAGAUGUGAUUUACUCCGUCUCUGGAUUUAUUGACAAAAACAAGGACACUUUAUUUCAAGACUUCAAGCGCCUCAUGUAUAACAGCUCUAAUCCCGUGCUGAAGAUGAUGUGGCCCGAAGGUAAACUGAGCAUCACGGAGGUCACCAAGCGACCUCUGACAGCUGCUACCCUCUUCAAGAACUCCAUGAUUGCACUGGUGGACAACCUGGCGUCAAAGGAGCCCUAUUACGUCCGCUGCAUUAAGCCCAACGACAAGAAGUCCCCGCAGCUGUUUGACGAGGAGCGCUGCAGGCACCAGGUUGAGUAUCUCGGCCUGCUGGAGAACGUCAGGGUGCGGAGGGCAGGGUUUGCCUAUCGCCAGACAUACCAGAAGUUCCUUCACAGGUACAAGAUGAUCUCAGAAUUCACAUGGCCAAACCACGACCUCCCUUCAGACAAAGAUGCUGUGAAGAAGCUCAUUGAGUGUCAUGGAUUCCAGCACGAUGUUGCCUAUGGGAAGACCAAAAUCUUCAUCCGCACGCCACGAACGCUGUUCACCUUGGAGGAGCUCCAUGCCAAGAUGCUUGUGAGGAUUGUGCUCUUCCUGCAGAAGGUCUGGAGGGGCACCUUGGCUCGGCUCCGCUACAAGAGGACGAGGGCUGCUCUCACCAUCCUCAGGCACUACCGCCGCUACAAGGUGAAGUCCUACAUCCACGAGGUCGCCCAGCGCUUCCGUAACGUGAGAUCCAUGAAGGAUUAUGGCAAGCACGUGCAAUGGCCCACUCCUCCCAAGGUGCUGCACCGAUUUGAAGAGGCGCUCCAGGCCAUCUACCAUAGGUGGAGAGCAGGGGAACUGAUCCGGAGCAUCCCACCGAAGGACCUACCUCAGCUGCGGGCAAAGGUUGCUGCCAUGGAGGUGCUGAAGGGUCACCGAGCAGAUCUGGGGCUGCAGAGAGCAUGGGAGGGGGAUUACAUUGCACUGAGACCAGAUCACCCUCAGAGCACAGCUGCCUUCCUCCCUGUUGCCACCGAGCUGAAGCGGAAGGACAAAUACAUGAACGUUCUCUUCUCGUGUCAUGUCCGCAAGGUCAACCGCUUCAAUAAGGUGGAGGACAGGGCCAUCUUCAUUACCGACCGGCACCUCUAUAAGAUGGACCCUAUGAAGCAGUACAAAGUGAUGAAGACCAUUCCCCUCUAUAAUUUGGUUGGGUUGAGCGUCUCCAAUGGAAAGGACCAGCUGGUGGUUUUCCACACCAAGGACAACAAGGAUCUCAUCGUCUGCCUCUCCAGCAAAGAGCCAUCCAACGACAGCAGGGUUGGAGAGCUGGUGGGCGUCCUGGCCAGCCACUUCAAGAGCGAGAAGCGCUCACUGCGCGUCACCGUGACCCACCCGGUGCAGUGCAGCCUGCACGGCAGGAAAUGCUCCGUCUCCGUGGAGACGCGGAUCGACCAAUCGCAGCCGGAUUUCACCAAGCAUCGCUCCGGGUUCGUGCUCUCCGUGCCGGGCAAAUAACGGCCCCGCCGCCCCCGGGAGCCGCGAUCGUCCGCCCCGCAGCGCGGCCGGAACGCGGGGCCCGUUUGGAGGCCGGACGCCGCCGCCGCUCGGGGCCGAACGGACCCGGAUCCGGGAGCGGUUCUGCGUCCGUGGGUCGGGACGGUGGGAAGCGCUUCUGAACUCGCCCCCCAGCCCCAAAGCAUUUAUGGUACCGAUGUCCUCCCCGCCCCCCCACGGCGAUGCCUUGAGCCCUCCCCGCCGGUUCGGUCCGUCGGAGGACACAGACACGGUCCGGCAGCGCGGAGCAGCGGGGGGGGCUGUGCGGCCCGCUUGGCCGGGGCGGUUGUGUGAGCUCCCCGUGCCGGUCUUGCCUUAAUUCUUCCCCCCCCCCCCCACUCGUGUGCUGCGGGGCUGCAGGACGCGGCGUGGGGCUGAGCCGGGCCCCGCGGCUCCCACCGGCCGCAGCGCAGCCGCUCCCGGCACUGCCGGUCAGGCCGGGACCCGCCGCGAUACGGCUCAGAAACGCCAUCAGAGCCCAAAGCCGCGGCCGUGGGGCAGCACAACGACCCCGCACGCCCCGACGGGCCCCAUCGGUGGGUCGCGGGGCCGCCCCACAGCGCCGUGUCCGUCGGGUUCGUCCCCGCAGCCCCCGCCCCAUCGCUCCGCAGCGGGACCCGCAGCCCCCCCCGGCGCUGCCCCCUUUGCGCUCCGGGCCCGUUUCGUGUCCCCGCUGCUGCGGAAUCGCGGGGAGGAGGUUCGGGAAACUGCGGGAUCGGCCGCGAUGUCACGAGAUGUUCUGUAUGAAACGCAUCGUCUGGUCCGGCUCUGGUUUUAUAUAUAUAUAAAUAUAUAUAUAUAAUAUAAAGGAGAUCUAUACGGUUCUGCUUUGUUCCCGACGGCCCAGAGCCGCUUCUGCGCCGCCGUUAAAGGAGCCGUCGCUGAAGCCGGCGGCGCGAUGCAGCAAAGCCUCGUUUAUUUCAGUCGCGUUUUUUCAAGCCAGGUCGAUAAUUGGAACGAAUAAAAGAGCCACAAAAGGGACCCUCCGUGUCACCAACCGGAGACACCCGGCACGGGGAGGAGCGGCGCCGUGCGAUGGGGGCUGCAAUGGGUGCAGUGAGGGAUGCAGCGAUGGAUGCAGUGAUGAUGGAUGCUGCAGUGGAUGCAGUGAUAAAUGCAGUGAUGGAUGCAGAGAUGGAUGCAGUGGAUGCUGCAGUGGAUGCUGCAGUGGAUGCAGUGAUAAAUGCAAUGAUAAAUGCAGUGAUGGAUGCAAUGGAUGCUGCAGAGGAUGCAGAGAUGGAUGCAGUGAUGGAUGCAAUGGAUGCUGCAGUGGAUGCAGUGAUAAAUGCAGUGAUGGAUGCAAUGGAUGCUGCACUGGAUGCAGUGAUGGAUGCAGUGAUGGAUGCAGUGGAUGCUGCAGUGGAUGCAGUGAUGGAUGCAAUGAUAAAUGCAGUGAUGGAUGCAAUGGAUGCUGCAGUGGAUGCUCAGUGCGUUUUAUUUCAUCAGCACAGUACAAAAAUAAAUAAAAAUAAGGGGUUUGGGGGGGGAUGGGGGUUUUUUUUUGGAGGGGGGGGGGGCAUUAAAUUACAGGCACCCGAGGAGCCGGGACACGUUGUGUCGGGUCGGAAACCACACGCACGUACAAACGCACUGUACACACACAUACAAAAA